GCGCUUUAUGAUGCGCUUGACAUUUUCUGCAAAAUGCUACGUCUGUGGAGUUGAAGAUAAAACAAAUACAAACUUUCAUCGAAAUGAUGCACGUUCCACAGAACGUGUAGAAUCGCUAAAUAAUGCUGUAGAAACUGUCAUCCACUAUCAUGCUGAGUCGCCUUCAGGAGCUCAAGAAGGAAGAGGAAACUCUUUUGAAAAUAAAAGUCAUGCUGCAAGAUCAGCUGAAUAGGCUUAAGUUUGAAGAGGGGACCCUGAAGUCAAUGAUCAAUGCUCAGUCUGAAGAGAACCCAAAUGAAGCCCCUGUCCCUGAGGUGGAAAUCAACCUUGAUGACGAGAGUGAGAUCAACCAGACCAAACUAGUAUUGGGUGCUCCAAAAGACUACGACAUGGAAGAGGAAGAGGAUGAUGAAGAAGAAGAUGAUGAUGAUGCAGACAAUGACCUCGAAAUGGUGCCAGAUGAUGAAGAGGAAGACGAGGACUGCUGACUGUUCCUUGAAAAAGAGAAUGUUGCAAUGUGCACAUAUGGCAUGCUGAAAGAUAACUUUCACUCUCUAUGUCUUAGAUUGGGGUUGCUUUAGAUAAACUGUUGGUUCACCCAUCUAUAGAAUCAUCCCAAAAAAAUAAAAACUACACUGUUAUUGUAUUUUCUUAAUACAUGUAAAUGGUAAAUUAAAGAUUGCACCAAUCAUAGUUCAUGGUGUUGUUCAUUCAUAUUAUAUUAUAUUGAGAUUGAAUUCAGUAUGAUUAUGAAGCUGAUGGUAAAUAUUGUGUAUGUAAACCAUGUGUUCAUGUUGUGGACUUGCAGACGUAUUUUUCUAUUUAGAAGAGCGAUUGUGUGGAAUAAGUUGUAUGUAUUCGUGGGCAUGAAAAUUGUUCUUGCUGAGCCAGUAUUAUAACUUUUUGUACUUCAUGUGAAGCAUUGUUAAUGUACAAGAGUACAUUUUUAGAGAUUUUAAAAACAGUUGUUCUACAGAUUUUCAAGGUGCUCAUUUUAAAUAAAGUGGAAUUGCAUUUAAAAAUGUUUCAACAUAGUUGAAACAUAGUUUCUUUAACAGAUUGGUGCAUAUUGAUUCUCUUUUUCUGAUUAGGAUGCACAUUCAAUGUCAAUUGCCUCGAUGUUUAUGUAUGAUGCGUGAAUGACAUUUUUAUGUCACCUCCUAGGUACAAGGUAAUAAAGACGAAUGUGAU